AUGUCCGCUUCAAGCACCCUUUCUCGCGGGGAGACCUGGCGAUUAUUGAUCCUCGUGGGGACUGGGCUCGGCAUCCUGGUCAACACGUUCCAAGGCGAUGGCGCGCCAUUGAUCGCCUCGGGGACUCUCGCGGUGAUUGCUUUUGCCAUAACCUUCAGCAUGAUUCGAUGGCUCGGGCCCGUGUUUAUCAAGGCGGGACUGAAGGGCAAAGACAUGGCCAAACCACGAAGACCUGAAAUACCGGAGACCAUGGGAGCUGUGUGUGCUGUCAUAUACUUACUGUCUCUUAUUGUCUUCAUUCCCUUCGCCUUUUACAAGGACAUUGUGGCCGCGACCUCCGGCGGUGGAAAUCGUGAUGUAGUGAUUGAAGACCGACACAUUGAAACUGGCCGCUAUCUGCACCGAUUUCCUCACGGCAAGCUCGCAUCGUAUCUGUCGGGGCUUCUGUCCUUGCAAUCCAUUGUCAUUCUGGGCAUUGGAGAUGACCUGCUCGACAUUCGCUGGCGACACAAGGUCCUCAUUCCUGCAUUCGCCUCUAUCCCAAUGCUGAUUGUGUAUUUCGUCGAUUUUGGCGUGACACAAGUCGUCGUGCCCGUCCCGCUGCAACGAUACCUGGGUGAUUUCAUUGACCUCGGGUGGCUGUACUACAUGUACAUGGCGGCGGUCGCAAUCUUUUGCCCUAAUGCCAUCAACAUGCUCGCAGGCAUCAACGGCAUUGAAGUUGCUCAAUCGCUGGUGAUUGCCGUUUUGCUGCUUUUCAAUGAUGCGAUGUACCUGGCGCCUAUCACGCCAUACCCGCACCCAGCUACAGACUCGCACCUGUUUUCGAUUUAUUUCCUGCUGCCAUUCAUUGGAGUUUCAGCGGCGCUCCUGUGCCACAACUGGUACCCCUCGAAGGUAUUUGUAGGUGAUACCUACUGUUACUUUGCGGGCAUGGUCUUUGCGGUCGUGGGUAUCCUGGGCCACUUCAGCAAGACUUUGUUACUGCUGUUUGUCCCACAAAUCUUCAACUUUUUAUAUUCGACGCCGCAAUUGUUCCACCUCCUUCCCUGCCCGCGUCACCGUCUCCCAAAGUUCAAUGCUUCCACUGGGUUAUUGGACGCAUCGGUCACCGAAUGGACCAUUCCCCCUUCGCCGUUGGUCGCCACUGCCAUCGAGCUCCUACAUGCACUGCGAUUGGCGCGAGUGACCAAGGACGAAAAUGGGCAAAUAAUCGAGUCCACAAAUUUGACACUGCUCAAUCUUUGGCUCGUGUGGAUGGGCCCAAUGAGAGAGGACCGGCUUGCAUGGCACAUGGUUGCUGUCCAGACUUUGUGUGGCGCAGCUGGUCUCUUCGUUCGACAUCGGCUAGCCUUGCUAGUCUUCAACCACGACAAUCGCAUCUUCCAAUAUGUCGUAUAG